AUGUUCAAUGAUGCAAAACAGUGCAGGGCGGCAGUUGAAACACAGAGCAGCAGUGAAUUCCCCCUGCCUGGCAGAGACAGUGGGUUCCAGAACAGUAAACCACCACCUACUGAGAGGUUCCAGAACAGUAAUCCAUCACCUACUGAGAGGUUCCAGAACAGUAAGCCACCACCUACUGAGAGGUUCCAGAACAGUAAUCCAUCACCUACUGAGAGGUUCCAGAACAGUAAACCACCACCUACUGAGAGGUUCCAGAACAGUAAUCCAUCACCUACUGAGAGGUUCCAGAACAGUAAACCACCACCUACUGAGAGGUUCCAGAACAGUAAACCACCACCUACUGAGAGGUUCCAGAACAGUAAACCACCACCUACUGAGAGUAAACCACCACCUACUGAGAGGUUCCAGAACAGUAAACCACCACCUACUGAGAGGUUCCAGAACAGUAAACCACCACCUACUGAGAGGUUCCAGAACAGUAAGCCACCACCUACUGAGAGGUUCCAGAACAGUAAACCACCACCUACUGAGAGGUUCCAGAACAGUAAACCACCACCUACUGAGAGGUUCCAGAACAGUAAACCACCACCUACUGAGAGGUUCCAGAACAGUAAACCACCACCUACUGAGAGGUUCCAGAACAGUAAGCCACCACCUACUGAGAGGUUCCAGAACAGUAAACCACCACCUACUGAGAGGUUCCAGAACAGUAAACCACCACCUACUGAGAGGUUCCAGAACAGUAAACCACCACCUACUGAGAGGUUCCAGAACAGUAAACCACCACCUACUGAGAGGUUCCAGAACAGUAAACCACCACCUACUGAGAGGUUCCAGAACAGUAAACCACCACCUACUGAGAGGUUCCAGAACAGUAAACCACCACCUACUGAGAGGUUCCAGAACAGUAAACCACCACCUACUGAGAGGUUCCAGAACAGUAAGCCACCACCUACUGAGAGGUUCCAGAACAGUAAACCACCACCUACUGAGAGGUUCCAGAACAGUAAACCACCACCUACUGAGAGGUUCCAGAACAGUGAACCACCACCUACUGAGAGGUUCCAGAACAGUAAACCACCACCUACUGAGAGGUUCCAGAACAGUAAUCCAUCACCUACUGAGAGGUUCCAGAACAGUAAACCACCACCUACUGAGAGGUUCCAGAACAGUGAACCACCACCUACUGAGAGGUUCCAGAACAGUGAACCACCACCUACUGAGAGGUUCCAGAACAGUAAUCCAUCACCUACUGAGAGGUUCCAGAACAGUAAGCCACCACCUACUGAGAGGUUCCAGAACAGUAAACCACCACCUACUGAGAGGUUCCAGAACAGUAAACCACCACCUACUGAGAGGUUCCAGAACAGUAAACCACCACCUACUGAGAGGUUCCAGAACAGUAAACCACCACCUACUGAGAGGUUCCAGAACAGUGAACCACCACCUACUGAGAGGUUCCAGAACAGUAAACCACCACCUACUGAGAGGUUCCAGAACAGUAAUCCAUCACCUACUGAGAGGUUCCAGAACAGUAAACCACCACCUACUGAGAGGUUCCAGAACAGUGAACCACCACCUACUGAGAGGUUCCAGAACAGUGAACCACCACCUACUGAGAGGUUCCAGAACAGUAAUCCAUCACCUACUGAGAGGUUCCAGAACAGUAAGCCACCACCUACUGAGAGGUUCCAGAACAGUAAACCACCACCUACUGAGAGUAAACCACCACCUACUGAGAGGUUCCAGAACAGUAAACCACCACCUACUGAGAGGUUCCAGAACAGUAAGCCACCACCUACUGAGAGGUUCCAGAACAGUAAACCACCACCUACUGAGAGGUUCCAGAACAGUAAACCACCACCUACUGAGAGGUUCCAGAACAGUAAACCACCACCUACUGAGAGGUUCCAGAACAGUAAACCACCACCUACUGAGAGGUUCCAGAACAGUAAUCCAUCACCUACUGAGAGGUUCCAGAACAGUAAACCACCACCUACUGAGAAGUUCUAG